UCUCGUCUCUGCAGCUUCGUGUUGUUAUGGCAACCAAAACAAAAUGGGAGGCGGUGAAGGAGCGCCUGACGGGAAGCCCCGCCCACGACCCCGACGCCACACUGGAGGCGAAUCUGGAGAACGCAGACCCUGAACUGUGCAUCCGACUGCUGCAGGUUCCCACCGUGGUGAACUACUCCGGUUUGCGGCGGCGGUUGGAGGCCAGCGAUCAGGCCUGGAUGGUUCAGUUCCUGGAGCUGCGCGGUCUGGACCUGCUGAUGGAGGCGUUGGAGCGACUCUCCGGCCGCGGCUGCGCUCGCAUUGCUGACGCGCUGCUGCAGCUCACCUGCAUCGCCUGCGUCCGAGCCAUUAUGAACUCGUCUGAAGGACUGCACUUCAUCCUGGACAACCAGGGUUACGUCAGGACCCUGACCCAGGCUCUGGACACCUCCAACGUCAUGGUAAAGGUGCAGGUGUUUGAGCUGUUGGCGGCUCUGACUCUGUUUGACCCUCAGGGACACCGCCUGGGCCUGGACGCCCUCGACCACUACAAGACUCUAAAGAAGCAGCAGUAUCGCUUCAGCGUGAUCAUGAACGAGCUCCACUGCACCGACAACGUCCCGUACAUGGUGACGCUGAUGAGCGUCAUCAAUGUCCUCGUGCUGGGACAGGAAGACCUGAGGAGGAGGGACCGCCUGCGGCAAGAGUUCAUCGGACUGCAGCUGCUGGAUCUGCUGCCCAGACUGAGGGAGACGGAGGAUGAGGACCUGAACAUCCAGUGUGAUGCGUUCGAGGACUCUCUGACGGAGGACGAGGAGGAGAUGGAGAGACUGUACGGAGGCAUCGACAUGAGCAGCCACCAGCAGGUCUUCACCUCGCUCUUCACCAAGGUGUCCAGCAGUCCGUCCUCUGUCCAGCUGCUGUCCAUCCUUCAGGCCUUGCUGUUGGUGGAUCCGGACAGAGCUGAGGUCUGGUUAGCUCUGGAGCUGCUGGCUGACAGAGCCACGCUGCUGUCCCAGGACCCCGACUUAGAGUCUGCUGAGUGCCUGCUGGAGAGGCUCCUCCCCCACAAAUCCCUCUCAGCCAAUCGCAAGGUCCAGACCAUAGACCGGGCGGUACAGACUCGACUACCGGACGGUCCUCCUGGACAACCUGAGCACCUCAUCAAAGACGCCUUCACAACUGCUGCUUCAUCAGCUUCUCCUCAAGCUCUUCCUUCAGCUACACCUCCUUUCCCUCCUCCCUUACUUGGUAUGGGAGCUCCAGCCCCUCCACCCCCUCCUCCUUUACCUGGUAUGGGG